UUCCUGUGGAUUUCCACCCAACUCAAAACCAUGGGCACCUUUCGUUUCACCCAGCCACCCCCUGGAAAAGCCUAAAAAACCAUUUGCUCUGUCUCUCUACUUUCCUCCUCUCUAUGACUCCAUUCCAACCUCAUUCGAUGUGAUCUUACCAUCCUUUUGCUUCUCUCUCUCUCUCUUCUCUCUUCUCUCUCUAAAUAUCUGUUUUUUUUUUCUCCCUAGUUUUAAAGAUCUUGUAAAGCUCAUCAACCCAUUUGACCAAAAAUUUCUUGAUAGCUGUAGGUCUGCAGCUGAUACAUUAUCACUAGGAUUUCCAACUUUUCACUUUUUGGGUCUUUCAGCUUGAAUUAGUUGCUCUUUGGACUUCAAUUUCAGUAAUUUGAUUCAUAAAAUUUUCGGUUUCAUGCUAUGGACGCUAGUGGAAUUCCGGCAGUGAUGAUUCCGGGUAUGGCUUCUGGAAUGCUGGGACUAGAGAUGCCUCUGCAUCAACAACAACACAAGCACCAGCAGAUGAUGAGCUUUGGCAACCAUGACGCCGACCACCAGUCGCAGUCUCAACAGGCAGCAGUGAAACAGCAAGCCUAUCCUUACAACGUCAAAAGCAAGCAGCAGCAGCAAACGACAUGGAGCGACGAAGACGAACCCGGGUUCGCCGCUGGCGAAGGCGGUGGAGGAGACGCGAAGAAGCGAACAUCGCCGUGGCACAGGAUGAAAUGGACUGAUCACAUGGUGAAACUCCUUAUCAUGGUCGUCUUCUACAUCGGCGACGAUGGUGGUGGCGAAGCUACCACUACCGCCACCGCCACCGCCACCGCCACCGCCGCCGCCACUGCCACCGAUCCUUCUUCCAACGGUAAGAAGAAGUCCGGUGGGUUGUUGCAGAAGAAAGGAAAGUGGAAAUCGGUAUCCCGAGCUAUGAUGGAAAAGGGUUUCUUUGUUUCUCCGCAGCAGUGCGAAGACAAGUUCAAUGAUCUCAACAAGAGGUACAAAAGGGUUAAUGAUAUCCUUGGAAAGGGAACGGCUUGUAAGGUUGUGGAGAAUCAAAGCUUACUAGACACAAUGGACAAUCUCUCCCCUAAGAUGAAGGAGGAGGUAAGGAAGCUACUCAAUUCAAAGCACCUCUUUUUCAGGGAGAUGUGCGCUUACCACACUAGCUGCGCCGCCGGUGCCGGUGCCGGUGCCGCUUCUGGCCAUCAGGCUUCCGCCGAGGUAUCCGUGGACUCUACCCACCAUUCACCGGCACCGGCGCAUGAGAUCCAAGGCUGAAAUCUGAGACCUGCUUGGCAGGCAAGCAAAACUUGGACAACAAGUCGGUGUCAGGGUUUACUGGUUCUAUAGUCCAAUACAAUACAUCCCCUCCUGUACUUAUUAUGGAACAAAAUUUUCCUGCAAACCGGGCAGUAGUUUCGUAAUCAUAUACCUUAAAUUGAAAUCCUGCUCCAAAAUAUUUUGAAAAAUACUAAAACCUAAGAUGAUAUUUAUGAACCCAUAAAGAAAGUAGACAUUCAACUUGUAAUGGAGUAAGUCAAGGACAUCAUUUGGUAAACUUUUAUUGAAAAUGCCUGCAAUCAUGAAGAUUAUACAAAUGAAACUUACCCGCUGCAACACUCUCUCGAACGAAAAAUCCAAAGCAACAUGCUUCUAGUGUGACAGAAAGAUGGGAAUGGCAAUCGUAUAAAUAAUAGACUCUUAUUUGUGGAAGAACCAAUUCCAAUUGAUUGCCAAACAUAGAAGUGAGAGUAAAGUAGAUUAGCUUAUCAAUCAACCUUGGAUCUCCACGCAAGUUUUAGAUGAGGAUUUACAGGAGUAUCAACAGAUUUAGAAGCUAACUAUUAAGUUUGUCUCGAAUUCUUGACCCAUUUUGAAGAUUGAUCCGCUCCGACAUAUUUUGGUGAUGAUUCGAAUGAGAAGUUUUCUGAAUUCUGUGAUGGAAUCAGAGGGGUUGGGUCGAUCGACUGUGACCCGAUGGGUCGACCCGCGACUUGGAGUAUAUAAUGUACUGCUAUCUUAUUGAGAAAGUCAUUGUAUUUCAUUGUAUUUUGGGGGGUUUUGGAUAUAGGGUUUCAGGGUGCCUCUGCUUGGGUGUAAUCUCUCUUCUGCAUAGUGAAACAUCGUCUUUUUCGCCUGAGGACGUAGUACACCACACUGGUAUUGUGUGAACCUCGUUAAA